ACAAGUAGUUUAAUAUUAUUAUCUAGUUAUAAAUCAGUAAAAAGGAUUAAUAAUAAGGUGAGAUUUUUUUCUUUUUGUGUAUUAUUACUAUGUUUUGUAGUAAUUGUGUUUUUUUUGGUAGAAAAUUUAAUUAUAUUUUAUUUAUUUUUCGAGGUUUCAUUAAUUCCUACAUUGUUGUUGAUUUUAAGUUGGGGCUAUCAACCUGAGCGUUUACAAGCUGGGAUAUAUAUAAUAUUAUAUACAGUAAGUGCUUCUUUACCUUUAUUAUUGUGUUUAUUAUUGUGGGGAUAUCAAGAAGGAUCAUAUAGAAUAGAUUUAAUUAAAUUGUUGUUUAUUAAUAAUAUGUUAGCUUUUUCGGUAAAAUUACCAAUUUACCUUUUUCAUUUGUGAUUACCUAAGGCUCAUGUAGAAGCUCCCAUUUCUGGGUCUAUAAUUCUGGCAGGUGUAUUAUUAAAAUUAGGAGGGUAUGGAAUUAUACGAUUUAUAGGAUUAUUUAAGUUUUUAGGUGGUAAUUAUAUAAUUAUAUUUAUUAUUUUUUGUGUUAAUAAUAGUAUUUAUGGGAGGAUUAUAUAAUUUGGUUUUUUAUGUUACGGUAGAUCAUGGUCAGAUGAUAAGAUUUAUAAAAGUUUUAAAUGUUAAUAAAAGGAAUGAAAAUUUAUUGUUAGUAUUACAUAUUAUUCCUUUAUUAAUAUUUAUUUUGAAUAUUGGAUAUAUUAGAGGUAUUGAUUUUUAAUUAUUAG